AUCUAAAUUGGAAUCAUUAAAUUUAUAUCUACUUCUUUUUUGUUUAACAUUUUAAUUGAAAUAAAUGAAAUGUCAGAUGAAACAAAGCUGACUAACGGUGAAACAAACCUAAAUAAUGAUGAAGCAAAGCUAAGUGACGCUGAAACAAAAGUAAGUACAAACGAAACGAAGCUAACAAACGAUGAAACAAAGCUAAGUAAAGAUGAAACAAUGCAAAGUAAUGAUGAAACAAAGCUAAGUAACGAUGAAACAAAAUUAGGUAACGAUGAAGCAAAACUAAUUGACAAUGAAACGAAGCUAAGUACUGAUGAAUUAACGCUAAGUAAUGAUGAAACAAAGCUAAGUAGAAAUGAAACAAAAAUAGGUAACAAUGAAACAAAACUAAUUGACGAUAAAACAAAGCUAAGUACUGAUGAAACAAAAGUGAGUACUUUAGAAAAAGAGGUAGCUAGUUUAAGUUUUGCAUUAAAGUUAAUGGAAGAAAAAAAUAUACGAUUAAAAAAACACUAUAAAAAUAAUAUCAAAAACUUGAGUACAAAGCUUGCUGAUUUUGAAAAACUAUUGGUUACAGAAAAAGAAUACAUUGUAAAACUACUAAAUGAAAAAGAUGAAAAAAUAAAAUUUCAAAAUCACAUAAUACAGUCAUUUUCCAAUCAGAAAUAUAUUGCUCAUGAAAACAUUAAUUUGCACAUAUCUAAAAGUACCAUAUAUAAUUUGCAUGACAAUCAAAAUGUUGAAGCUGAAAAAUUGAGUCACCAGCGCUCCUAUUCUUCAAGCAAUAAGGAUUAUGGUAUGAUUAAUAAUGAUUAUGGUAUGAUUAAUAAUGAUUAUGGUAUGAAUAUUGACAUAAAAGAACAGAUAAAAUCAUCACGUACAGAAUCAUCUAAGAAGUAUAAGCAGAAGACCAUUCAAAAUAAACAUAAAAGGAAUCUCGACAAAUUUUCAGAUGAAUUUGUUAGUUCUACUUUUAAACUAGCAAACAAGCAAAUUUUAUCUCGGUCUUUUGAAAAAAACUUUCUUGUUUAUAAUUACUCUUCUAAUCUAGCUCAUUCAUGCAUUAAAAGUGGUAUUGAGUUUUUAUGUAGCCAGCCAAUUAAGAAAAAUGAUUGUUCAAGCAUUAGAAAUGUCGAAAUUAAAAAUAUAUUGUUUAAUAAGUCGGAAAAUAAUGAGUUAAAAUACCGAAAUGAAAUUUUAUCCAAUUACAAUAAUGAAACUAAAAACCAACCGAUCUGCUGCCCAAUUGAAACGCUACAAAAUCAGAAAAUUGAAAGGAGUGAAAAUAAAAUAAACUGUUGUAAAGAAAUAGAUAAUAAAUUAUUCAAAUUAGAAAACCAUAUUACUUGUAACAAUUUAGUUAAUAACCCAAAUUUUAUGCAGUCUGAUCAAAAUGUUGGGGAGGAAAAUGUUUUAGGUUUAACCACAAAAAAUCAACAAAGUUGUAAAGUAAUGAACCAUUUAGACUUAAGAAAUGUAAUGGAAAAUGAAGUUAUAAAACUUGACCAAAACAUUGAAGUGCAUAAGCAACCAGAUUUUUUUUCUUGUAUAAAUCAGACAAUAAAUCAUUCUGAUGCAAUGAUUCCUAACCAUGUUAUUAGUAAUCAAAAGCAGUGUGACUUUAGUUCUGUAGAGAUGUUGCGCAUUCAAGCAGAUCAAAAUAGCAUCAUAGAAAAUCAUGCAAAUUCUAAGAAUAUAGUGAGUUAUAAUCUGGUGAAUCACAGCUUAAUGGAAGUUUUAACAACAGAUCAAGACAGUAAAAAUCAUGUUUUAACAACAGACAUUGAAACUCGUGUUUCAACAACAGACAGUGAACAUGCUUUUUUUCAAUCACAAAAGUUAGACAGUAAUAGUUUGAUAUAUAGCAUAAAAACCGAAUAUGUUAUGGAUAUGCAUGAUCAAGAAGUUUUUGAAACAAAUAAAUUAGCUGCUGAAAUUGAUGCACCAGAAUUUGGUUUAUGUAAAAUGAAUGUAGAACCAGGCCAUAUGUACCAACCUGAAAAAUCUCCUGAUGAACAAUUUGAUUCUUGUAAUUCAUUAGAAUCUAAAAUAAAGCGAUCAGAUACAUUCUUAGAUAUCAAUCAUCAAUCAUCAUCAGAUAUCAAUCAUCAAUCAGGUCAUUUCAGUGUACUCCAAAACCAGCCUAAAGUUCUCCAAAAAGAAACUAAUCUUGAAUCAGAAAUAAAAAAUCAAUUAGAGUGUAUCAUUGCAAUACCAACUAGUGAUAUGACUGUUGUCUUACAAAACCAACUAGAUUAUAAAACUGAAAUACAGCUUGAUCAGAGUUAUGAAAUGAACCACCAAAAUGAAAAAAGUAUUGUAGAUGAUUUAAUUUCUGAAGUAAUAAGAGAUAUUUGUAAUUCGUUGGAAUAUUGUGAUUCAAAUUGCAUUCAACUUCAAAAUCAAGAACAAAAUAGUUUCAAUAUAACAAAAAAUCUUGUUAACGAAGUUCACAAAAAUAUUGAUUUUAGUUGUGAAAGUCAAUUAGAGUAUACUUUAAUUAUAGGAAAUCACUUGGAUCAAAGUUCUGAAAUAAAGUCAUUUAGCCAUGUUAAUACAAAACCUGAUGUUACUUCCAAUGUGCUACAACAGCCAUUUGAUUGCUUCUUAUCAGAAAAUAAUUUUAAUCAACAGCCUUUUAAUCAAUUACAUCUUUACCAACCAAACCUUAACCAAUCAGAUCUUUACCAACCAAACCUUAACCAAUCAGAUCUUUACCAACCAAACCUUAACCAAUCAGAUCUUAAUCAAACUGUUUUUAACCAACUAAAUCACAACCAACCUGAACUUAACCUACAAUUAGUUAGCCAGCCAGAUCUUAACCAUUUAAAUAUUAAACAACUAGACCUUAACCACCUUAAUCAACAAGAUUUUAACCAAGAUAUUAAGCAAUCAGAUCUUAAACAACUUGUUCUUAACGCACAAGAUGUUAAUCAAUCAAAUCACAACCAACCAGAUGAUAAUCAAUUAGGCCUUAACCAAGAAGAUAUUAACCUCUCAGAUCUUAACCAGCCAAAUGAUAGUCAAGUAGAUUUUAUUCAACCAGAUAUUUGUCAAUCAGAUCAACCAGACAUUAACCAAUCGUAUUCUGAACUAGUUACCAAUCCUGAAAAUGUUGAUGAAGAAUUUGAAAAAUCUUUUGAUCAUUUUAAUGAUAAUGAAAAUGAUUUAAUUCUUGUUUCCUAUUCAGUAAAUGAAGAAGAUCAAACUGAAAUCCUUAAGGAGCCUCCAUGCAAUGAAGUUUUGUAUGCAACUGAUCGUCUAUCUGAAUUAUCUGAGGAACCUCCGUGUGAUGAACUUUUGUAUGCAACUGAUCUUCUAUCAGAAAUUUUAAAUCAUCUUAACUCAAUAGAAUCUCCAAUAGUCUCUCUUAGUCCUCUCUAUGAAACAAGCAACCAAAACAGUAAUUUAUAUACAUCAAAAACGAAACAAAGCAUUGAAUUAAAAAACCCAUUAGAUCAAAAUUUUCAAGAAAAAAACCAUCAAAGGAUUACAGACCAGUCAAAAGAUCAUCAAGAUUAUCAAAGAAUUACAGACCAAUCAAAAGAUCAUCAAGAUUAUCAAAGAAUUACAGACCAAUCAAAAGAUCAUCAAGAUUAUCAAAAAAUUACAGACCAAUCAAAAGAUCAUCAAGAUUAUCAAAGAAUUACAGACCAAUCAAAAGAUCAUCAGGAUUAUCAAAGAAUUACAGACCAAUCAAAAGAUCAUCAGGAUUAUCAAAGAAUUACAGACCAAUCAAAAGAUCAUCAAGAUUAUCAAAGAAUUACAGACCAAUCAAAAGAUCAUCAGGAUUAUCAAAGAAUUACAGACCAAUCAAAAGAUCAUCAGGAUUAUCAAAGAAUUACAGACCAAUCAAAAGAUCAUCAAGAUUAUCAAAGAAUUACAGACCAAUCAAAAGAUCAUCAGGAUUAUCAAAGAAUUACAGACCAAUCAAAAGAUCAUCAGGAUUAUCAAAGAAUUACAGACCAAUCAAAAGAUCAUCAAGAUUAUCAAAGAAUUACAGACCAAUCAAAAGAUCAUCAAGAUUAUCAAAAAAUUACAGACCAAUCAAAAGAUCAUCAGGAUUAUCAAAGGAUUAAAGAUCAGAGUUCAAAUAUUUUUAAUCAUAUAAACGAUAAAAGUGGAAUUGAAAAUGAAAUAAUAUUUGACAAUAAAAUAAAACAGCCUGAGUUAAUUUCUGAAGUCCAAAAGCAAGACUUAGAAAACACAGCAGGAAACCAUUUCUGUGAAAAUCAAUUUAAUCAAAUCGAUCUAAAUCAUUCAAACCACAUUUGUGAAAUUCAAAAUCAAAAAAAUUUUAUUUCUGAAUUAAAUAACGAACAAAGUAAUUCAAGUGUAAUAAAGGAUAGCAAAGAAGUUCAACAAUCUAAACUUAUUAAACAAACAUUAAAUGAAUCAAAUUAUAAAAGUUUAGACCAUACUAUUGAAAUGCAAUACCAACUUGAUAAUAGUUCAGAAACACUACCACAACAAGUUAAAACCAAUGCCUCAGAAUAUGAAUCAAACUGCACUUGUAAAAUUGAAAUCCAACCUCAAUCAUAUUCUGACUUCAAUCUUUUGAAUUCAUCAAAAAAUCUUAAUAACCAAUCAGAUCUCAACAGCGAAGUGCAAAACCACAAAUUUUUUAAUCUUGAAUUAAAUAACGGAACUCAAAGUUGUAAUGAAACAGAUAAACAUUUUCAUAAUAAUGAUGAAGUCAAUCUAUUUAUUUUAGGUGCUAAAAUACCACAACAAAGUAAUUACUACUCACUUGAAGUAUCUGAAUUGAAUAACCAGUCAACUGAUUUAAGUGUAUUGAAUUGUGAUCCAUCUGAAAUUGAUCCUGAAUUAAACCAUGAAAUACAGCUAACUGAACAAAGUUCGAAAAUGCUAAGUCAGUCAGACAAAGAGCUCCAAAGCAAAUCAUUUUUUAUUUCUGAUUCUGUGCACGAAACAAAUCAUUGUGAUCUGCUUUCUGAAAUACUAAACCAUCUAAAUAAUAGUGAUUUGAACAAAAAACAACCCGAAAUUUAAACAACUCAAAAAACUUCCUGAAAGUCUCAAACUCAGUGACAGACUCAAAACAAGUAACCAUAGUAAUUUAGAAAACACUGAUGCAAUUCGGUUUUGUUAAGCUUCAGAAUGUAAAUGCUGUCAAUUGCAUUGCAAAUUAAAACAAACUGAAAAAUCAAACUGUUAUAUCAACUAAUCAGGGUUAAAAUAACAAUUCCAUUAUUACAAAUCAAAUAAAAAUUAGAACCAAUUAGAGGAACUGGAUUAAAUAUGAUUUACUAGUUAAAAAUAAUUUUAUAAACAUUUUUCUAUUUAGACAUUGGUUUUAAAAUUUCCCAAUGAAAGAAGGACAACAACAUUUGUCAAACAAAAACUAAAAUAUUUUUAGCCAAUGAUAAGCCAAAACAAUUUUAAACAAUAACAAUUUAAAAUGAAAAACUUAAACUUACAUCAUAAACAUAUGUUCAUAAAAUGUUGAGAAAUUAUGUUAACUUUAUAUAAUUUUGUGUAGAAAUGAUCUGAUUGGUUGAAACAUUUUAAAUUUUUUGAAAUGAUUAGUUAUAAUUGAUGUGAUUGUGAACUUUGUAAAUAUUGUUGAAAGAUAAAAUGAUGAUAACAGUGGAUUGGUUUAAAGAUUUGGUGCGAUGGAAAUUAAAAUAUGUGCACCACUUGCUUUUAUGAAUGUAUGCAUUAUGCAGAACAAAAGCAUGUAUGUCUCAGCAGAACGUAAAUAUAAAUUUUGCAGAACACAACUGUAAUAUCUACAUUAUAUCCCUAAAAUUAACAAUUUAAGUUUUAACUCAAAAGGAUUGUCUUUAACAUCAAUAAAAAUAAAAAAAUUAACUUUAAAUUAAAAAAGAAAUUUUUAGCUUGUAUCAAUUUUAUAGAUGAAUAUAAUUCUUUUAACUUCCGAUAUUUUAUUUUCAAGAAAUAGGUUUUGUCUUUUUCUUUUUUUUUUUCUCCUUUUUUUUUUUUUUUCAAUAGUCAUUGAAAUUACAAAAAUAUUUUUUUAAAUUAUAUUUUUAUUUAUGUUCUUUUUAUGAAUAAUUUUUUUUAAUAUAUUAUGUGAUUUUAUUGGAACUAUUUUUAGAUAUUGAUUUUAACGUAAAUGUAACCUAUGAUUUCAAUAAAAAAAAGUGUAUUUAAA